AAAAGAGAAAUAUUUCUUCUUCUUCUUACCAUUCUUCACUUGGACAUCAUACAAGGUUUGAAAGAUGCUCGUCGCCUGUUUUGCCGUUUUCCUCGUCAUAGCAAAUCCAGCAACUUGCUUCCAUUUAAGCGAAGAUUUGGUCGAAACCGGUUUACCCCAGACUGGUGCUGCGCUGCUUGGAGGAAACUUUAGAACCAGUUUUUAUCCUGCAGGGAUACAGAAGAGACAAAGUCGGAUGAGGAUGUGUGGUGAUAACCUAAUGGUGAUGCUCUACCUAGCCUGUGGAACUCAAAUAUCACAACGCUGGGCCGGAAUUAUAGAGCAUCUAAACCAGUUUGAUGGAAUUGUGCAGAAGAGAGGAAGGAACAUGAACAAGAGGAGCUUAGAUGAUUCGACCUGGAAUGAAGCAAGGGCCCAGCUAGCAGAGUAUGGAGAUAAAGGACGAAUGGGAUUGGCUGAAAGUUGCUGCCGAAACUCCUGUAGUAUUGGAGAAAUAAGAGGAUUCUGCUAAUAUAAUCAAAUCUAAUAUUUUCAACUGCCGAGGUGGAAGCGUGCUGGAUAAUAUACAGUUGUCGUCGUAUAUAUCAAUACAAUGAAGACUACUUUAGAUUUCAAUUUUGAUUAUUACCAAGCUUUCAAAUUCAAAUGGAUUACAAAUAAACGUGGAAACAAAGAGAAGAUGUAAAUACCAGAUUCUCUUUUGUUUCAAUGUCGACUUGUAAUUUGAAAACUGUUUGUUAUAAAUCAAAACUUAAAUAGAAAAAUUGUCUUCAUUGUAUUGAUAUAUACACCGACCAUUUUUUAUGGGGUUUACAAAUAACAUCAUUGCUAUCAAUACUUUGAUAAUUUGUUUUAAGUAUUUAAAAUGAUAAGAUUCUGUGAAAUCUGAAAAUUGACAAACAUACUAGGAAAGAUUUCAGAAGACUUUUUACCUCUAUUUAAUUUCUUUUGUUUUGGUGAAAACUUACUUUGUAUUUUAAUAUCAUAUUAUUUAUUAUUCAUUUUAGAAAAUAUUGAUUUCUGUAAAUGACAGUCUUCUAAAGAUGUACAUUAAUAUUUUUAUGUACAACUAGUGUACACUACACUAAUGGGCAGUAUUUUCUACAAGAAAUCAAUGAGAAAAUAUUUUAUAAUUUGGCUUGCAAGACUUCUAAUGAAGAUAAACAAUCACAGAAAUUUUUUGCAGUUUCUUUGCAAUCAAAAAUAAUUAUUAUUAACAAAUUGUCUUUUAUUUUAUGCAGGUUUAGUAAGCUCAAAACUGUCAUUUAAGUGCAGCAUCUCCAAAAAAAAAAUGUUUUCAUUUCAUGAAAAGAACAGAAUCCAGUAAGAAUUUUACGAUAACCGCUUCUAGCAAAGACGAUCCAGUAAGGCAGCUGAAAAAGAGGAAAUUAGGUGAACUUGCGUUUAUAAUGUUGUGCGGCUUUCUUUAGUGUAGUGUGCGCACACUAUAUCUUCAUUUGUAAUACAUACAUUCUUAACUAAAUAUCUUGAUGUUUCAAUGAUAAUGCAUUCUGAAUACUUUCCAGGCUUUUGUAGCCAGAAAAAAAACACUCUUUCCCAGCAUGCUUUCAUAUGAUGAUAAAGUUUUAGUUUGAGGCUGAGCAUUGAAUUAGACAAUUCUUGUAACUUUGUGAUAGUUCUCUUAGAUUUAAGGAGAUUUGACAGAUGAAAUAAAUAAAUGUGCACAACCAU